AUGCAAUCUCAAUCUCAAUUACCCGCUUUGAAGGCUCCACCACCACAAAACUUGGAGGCCAUGAUGUGUAUGUUGCUCAAGUCCCAGCUGCAAAGUGAAGAGAGGAUCGAUCAAGUGAAUGAGAGGUUGGAUCAAUUGAGUGCCCACAAUAACAUGCUAGAGAAUCAACUUGCCAAUCAAGCAUCUACAUCUUCCACCAAAGUCACUGGAAAGUUGCCCGCUUGCACCGAAAAUCCUAUAGCACAUGUUAAUGCAAUUGUUACAAGGACUGGGAAGAUACUUAGUGAGCUAUCUCUUCCAAUUGAAACAUCAAUUCCAAAUAAAAUUGUUGAUGUGGAGAUUGAGGAGAAACUUGAUGAGGAAGAAGUUGAACCAGCUAUCUUGAAGCCAAAUCCACAAGUUCGUGAUGAGAUGGAGAAGCCCGUGAGAAGGUAUGAACCACCUUUUCCCUUCCCUCAAAAAUUUCAAAAGCAAGUAAAAGAGAGUAGGUGGAAAAAGUUUUUGGAGGUAGUUGAAAGUUUGAAAGUUUCAAUGCCCCUACUUGAUUUGCUUUCACAAGUUCCAUCUUAUGGAAAAUUUUUAAGGGAUAUUCUUGCUAAGAAGAGGAAGUAUGGGGAGCAAGAAAUGAUUGCUAUGGCACAAGAGUACCGUGCUUUGACACCUGGUAUAGGGAAGCCUCUUCGUAAGCAUAGAGAUCUGGGGAAGUUUACUAUCCCUUGUGUGAUUGGUGGCCGUCUUAUAAAAAGAUCCCUUUACGAUUUAGGAUCCAAUGUGAAUGUCAUGCCUCUAUCCCUUUGUCAAAAUUUGAAUUUGAGGGUUCCACAACCAACCCAACUUACAUUGCAAUUCGUUGAUCAGUCUUCUAGGAGCCCCAUUGGAAUUAUUGAGGAUGUUCUAGUCCGUGUGGACAAGUGUUUUGUGCCUUGUGACUUUAUUGUGAUAGAUGUGCAAGAAAAUCCCAAUGUUCCAAUCAUUUUGGGGAGACCUUUCUUGGCCACAACUGGAGCUGUGGCAGUUUUCCCUUUUCCAGUUAAUGAAUCAGUUUUACGUACCAAAGGCAUUCCAAUGAGAAACUCUCUCCCUUCCCUGCUUUCGUAA